CUGUCUGACGUCGUCUGUCAGUCAGUCAUUUCCAUCAAGAAGAUAAAAAAAAAUGUAUAAAAAAUCGUAGUCCACAGCAGUAUGGUUGAAGUAAUCAAUCUAAUUUUAUUUCUAUCAAGAAAUGUAGUUUAAAACUGUAUUCUGGAAGCGAAAAAUUAACGAAAUGAACGAAUAAAAUAUAGUGUACAAUGUGUAUCUAGUGUGUGAUCAAUGUUAUCUUUGAAGCCCAGAAAUUUUUAGUGUGAAAAUAUUAUUGCUGACUUAAUAUGGUCAGCAACAUAUUCUCUUAAAAAUGGCUUGUAAAAUAAAGCACAUGAGCUAACAAUGAGUGCUCCAAGUGGGUGUGUUAGCUGCAAUGAUGGCUCUCAACAGUUCGACAUUAAACAUGACGCUGACUGCUCUGAAGGGGAGGAUGCCCAAAUCCGACUGGCGCCCCAUGUGCAGGCAUAUUUGGCCCACAACAAUCCCACCACAAAUUGUUGCGGACUGGCCAUCCCCAUUGCUUUUGAAAGAGCUGCAGCUGGUACUUGGUGGAACCCCAGAUUUGAUUCCGAAAUACUUGAAGGCCAAUACCGAAGCAGUUCCUUUAAGCAGAUACGGUUAAGAUUCAGAUUUGCACUUUUAUACAUUUUGAUAUUUUCUAUAUCCUGGUUUGUCUACUUUGUGGGCCUUGGCUUGAAUGGUGUGACAGUUAAAUGGCCAUUCCUUUGUUCUAUGUUUGGUGGGGUACUCUUAAUUACGUCUGUUAUGCUGUUUGUCACAUUUACAAAUAUUUAUAAGAUUUACACAUUUAAGCUGUCCCUAGUCAUGGCACUUGCUCUGUGUUCGCUGAGUCUCUCCCUUGUGACACUGACCACCCAGGUAGAAUCAGCAUCGUCCCAUGCUGCAGACAUAAGCCAGUCAGGUCACUUUACCAUGUGUAUCGAGAUCUUAUUGAUUAUAUACACUUUAACUCCACUACCAUUGUAUGCUUGUGUUAUCAUUGGACUUGUAUAUUCCAUUGUAUUUGAAAUUUUGAACAUUGUAUUGCACUUAACAGAACAGCAAUGGCUAGGUCCUGGAAUGUUUGUGAGGGUCCUACUUCAAUUUUGUGCCCACAUAAUAGGUGUACAUAUUUACUUAAUGACGUUUGUAAGAAUGCGUGGAACAUUUAUGAAAGUUGGCCAAAGCUUGCUUGUGAGGAGACAACUUGAAAUGGAAAAACAGUUAAAAGAGAAAAUGAUUCACUCUGUGAUGCCUCCUAAACUGGCCAGCUGGUUAAUGGAAGAGCAAGUGUUAGAAUCUGAACCAAAUCUCAAACCUCAUGAUCCACUUAACCCAAGAGUCUCAAAUCCAGGGGCUUCAGACAUAAAAUCACUAUUCAGACCAUUUAAUAUGAGCUGUAUGGACAAUGUUAGUAUUCUAUUUGCUGAUAUUGUUGGAUUCACUAGGAUGUCCAGUAAUAAAGGUGCUGAUGAGUUAGUUAAUAUAUUAAAUGAUUUGUUUGAAAAAUUUGAUGAAUUAUGCCAAAUUCAUGGAUGUGAAAAGAUAUCUACAUUAGGAGACUGUUAUUACUGUGUGUCUGGUUGCCCAGAACCAAGACCAGACCAUGCAACAUGCUGUGUAGAAAUGGGAUUAGGUAUGAUAGAUGCAAUUCAAGAAUUUGAUAGAGAAAGAGGUGAGGGCAUCAACAUGAGGGUGGGUGUGCAUACUGGGACUGUCCUGUGCGGAAUCGUGGGAACACGAAGGUUCAAGUUCGAUGUAUGGAGCAACGAUGUUACAUUCGCCAAUAAGAUGGAAUCCACUGGAAAGCCAGGCCGCGUCCAUAUCUCCGAAGAGACCAGCAAGUUUCUCGGGGGCUCCUACGUUUUAGAAGAAGGAGAGGAAGUGUUUGGUCACAAAACCUACUUCAUUGAAGGCCGUCAGCUGUAUUCCCCGUACGACAACGAUCAGUGUCAUACUCCCGCAAAUCCUGUGAAUUUACGCCUUAUCAUAUCUCCUGCUGUGUCCCCUCAAUCCGCUCUCUCAUUUACCCACUCCCCGCCUCCCGUCUCUUCGAGAGACAAUGACACGAAUGACAAGCACAGUCCAGGGGUACAUGAUGUCAACAACUUCUUAUCACCGAACCCAUUCAAUUUUCGUACUAAAGCUAGUUCACUGCCAAGUAUAUUAGAUUCAGAUGUCGAGUUAGACGAGAAAAGGGAUAAGGGUUUCCCAGAAAGAAAUGAGAAUUCAUCAAAAAGUCCAACAUCUGUAGGGAGCUACGGGAAGUAUACUAAUAAGUUAAAAAAUUGGAAAGUGCCCAGAUUUUUGAGAAAACAUUCCGACACUCCUUUACACGAGAUGAAAAAACAGGAGUAUAGCGAUAAGACAAUACACUUUUUGGAGCAGGGCGACGGGACCGGCGUUCAGUCUAGCAACGGGUAUCAACAAGUGCCUAUAGUAAUAGAAUCUCAAGACAAUAAAAAUGCUAGGCCUAUACAGAGUCAUAGUAAGCUGCAUAUACCGCAGAUCCAUGACAUGGGAUCUUUCGAGAGGGAGGUCAUAGACAUUCGGUCGUAUCUGAGUCAGUCCAGGAGUAAUAUGUCGCCGUUUGCCAGGAGUAGCAGCUACAGAUCCCAGUACGGGAGACCACACAACCAUAUUGAGGUGCCCGUGUGCCGCGCUCGAAGUUCGACAAUAACAACGCAAGGGGAGCUCACGCGGCCCAAAGAUCGGAAGCUCAACCUUCCCUUACCGGCGCCUCUGCCUGUCAGGCCGCAGGACGAUGCCGUGAGCCUCUGCCCUUCAGUCAACAGCCGCAAAGACUCCGGCAUCAGAAGCACCAGCCGAAGGUCUAGCAUACAGCAGCAGAUAUUCGCGUUGAACCACGCAGCGCUUGCCACGUCCCAGGCGGACAUGAUGCAGCACCGCGUGUCGGGCUACUACACCUCCAGCCAGUCGUCGCUGAACGAGCCCUCCCGCGCCCGCCUGCCCGCCCCCCUCAACGACCAGCAAGUGCAGUCCCUCCAGAAACUACGCAAGCAAUCAGACCUCCAACUCAUCCGCUGCGUCCAGGACAACGCCAGGUCAGGAGUCAACUAUUUUGUCCAAAGGCCCCUCAACAGAUUCACCCUCUCCUUCAAAUCCGACGAAAUGGAAAAACACUACAGGGACAGAGCCCACAGGAGCGAUGACACCGAGGACUUCCCCCCCACACUCACCACGUCUCGCUUCAACACCGCUCUAGAUAUACUUGUAUCCAUGAUCAUAUUCUUAGCUGUGACCAUUUCAGUAUUCGUAUUGUACGGGGAGUGGCGAUUCUCCGCGGGGUGGUUCGCCCUGUUAGCUUUAAUUGAAAUCACAGCUAUCUCCCUCUGUAUCUACAGACAUUACCUAAAGUGGAAGACGAAAAACGAACCUCACAUUACAGACACGAUCAGGAAGUCUGUUAAAAUAUUUAGGCAGCUGUCCAAUUGGUAUCCGUGGCAUCUAUCUGGCAGUCUAUUGAUAAGUUUACCUAUUUUAGCCGUCCUUAUAAACUUCUCAUGUAAUCAUACGACGUUAGUAAUUUUGAAAGGAGAGCAGUCGUUCUACGUUUAUCUGCUGUGCCUGAGCAUAGUGCACUUCUGCAACUUCACCCAGAUGUGUUGGCUUGUGAAAAAUACUCUAGUUACGAUUUAUGCUGGUUUAUUUCUAUUCCUCGCCGUGCUCGGCUGUCCCGACUCUAAUACUCAAAUUAUAGGUGAUAUUAUAAAUCCAAAGUUCGCGAAUUUCUCUUCUUUUGUAAAUAAUAUAACGAAUGAUUCCUCCGAAGAUUGGUUUCAAGGUAAUAGCAGCGUGGAUCGCGUGAGUUACGGACAGCAUGAAUUGCAUUUAACGGAACUUUAUUUAGAUGUAGCUUUGUUGUUAAUGCUGGUCUGGUUCUUGAACAGGGAAUUUGAAAUUAGUUAUCGUUUAAGCUUUUACAGUAAUGUCGUCGCGAAUCGUGACAAACAGAGAGUGCAAAACAUGAGGAAUCAGGCGGAUUGGUUGCUGCACAACAUUAUACCGCGACAUGUGGCAGAUCAACUCAAAAACACUGCUAAAUAUUCCGAGAAUCAUAAGGACGCCGGUAUAAUAUUUGCCAGUAUAGUGAAUUUUAAUGAAAUGUACGAUGAGUCUUAUUUGAAGGGUAAGGAGUACUUGAGAGUACUCAACGAACUGAUAGCGGACUUCGACGAGUUGUUAGAAAGGCCGGAGUUUCAACAUGUAGAGAAAAUUAAAACUAUAGGCAGCACGUUUAUGGCAGCUAGCGGGCUCAACCCCGAUCUGAGGCAAGUCUCGGACGACCAGCACGAUCAUUUGUACCAGUUGAUGGAGUUCGCUUUAGAAAUGCAGAAGGUGGUUGAUAAUUUCAAUCAAGAUUUGUUGGAAUUCGAUUUCAUACUCAGGAUCGGUUUUAAUUAUGGCGACGUGACGGCGGGUGUGAUAGGGACUACCAAGUUGUACUACGAUAUCUGGGGCGACGCGGUGAACAUAGCGUCUAGGAUGGACUCUACGGGCGUGGUGAAACGCAUCCAAGUCGGCGAGUCGUGUAUCCCUGUCUUGUCCAAUAGGUACGAAUUCGAGCAACGAGGCAGCGUCUAUGUCAAAGGCAAAGACAACAUGAACGUUUACCUGGUAGUCGGAAAGAAGGAAACAUAGAUAGUAAAAUCGCUCGUAUGAAACAUAGAAUCUGUGAUUUAUAUUUUAUAUAUUGUAUUGAUAAAUGUAAAGAACCCUAUUUAUUGUGUGCAGUGCAUUAUUGUAGAAGUAAAAGCUUGAAGAAAUACUCUGUGUUGUAAGGCUCAUAAUGUAUAUUAUUAAUUUAUUUUUAUUCUAGCAAGGUAAGAAUAGAAAGUAUACAUGUAAUUAUUGAAAAGUUCUGUAGUAAUAUUAUUAGAAGAAAGUGCUAAAUCUCCUUGCCUAUUUGAUAACGUUAAACCUGUGACCAGUGCUCUAGUCUCAAUUGAAAUUUAUGACGUGGUGGUCUAGUUUUUCUGUAAAUUAACAUUUUGAAUAUAAUGAAGCUUUCCAUGUCUAAAAUGGUAAAUGUUAUAAGUCAUGAGAAGGCAGUGUUCACAAAAAUAUUAUAUUAUUAUUGUGCAAAGAUUAGACCACCUCAGUGAUUUGUAUAUAUUCGAAUAUACACUUUUCUGUAAUGUUAUUCAUAAAAGAUAUAUUUUGUAUAUAAAAAUUAAUAUUGACCCAUUUGGGAAUAGCAAAUUAUAUCAGGUUAUAAGUACAUAAUUAUGAUAUAAGUACAUAUUUAUUUAUACAUACAAUUGAAUAUGCAUAAACGAAUACAUUGGUACUAAAAUUUUGUAGUUGGUAGAUUUGGACUAACAACCAUACUGUACGUAAUAAUGUGUAAGGUAUUGAUAGUUGUUUGAAAUUUGUACCCAAUAGUUAUUCGUAGUCGAUGUGUGAGUAAUAUUUUAUUCUUUGACCCAUUUUGUUACUUUUCUUAGUGUUGUCGCGUCCUUCGAUUUUAGUUUAAAAUAAAAUAAAUACAUGCACAAAUAUACUGCUUGCAUAAAAUAUAUUGUUGAAAGAGCACAAUUUCAUUGUAAUCUAUGUAUUUUUGACCAUUGAUCUUUUAGCUAGAUUUAUGUCUAUAGAAUAUUGUUAUAAAAAGCAUAGUAGAGCCAGUCAGCAUUUGUAAAUGAAGUUAUUAACAGUAAACAUUGGUUGGAACUCAUUAACUAAACAUGACUCAAUGCUUUUUAUAAUAUCUUAUUCCAUUAAAAGAUUCUUCUUAUAAUAUAAAUCUAGUUUUUAUGACAAGGUAAUUGUGUUAAUUGCAUAGAUUAAAUAGUGCUGCAGCCAAGGCAAACAUUGUUAGAAUUUGCUACGCAUUUAAUUACUAUUGUGUAUUCUAAAUAACCAAUUAGUUAGAUUGUCCAAGUUACUAAAUCUAAAAGAUUUGUACCUAAAGUAAAUUAGAAUGCAUUAUUCUCUGACAUGAACGGUGAUCUUCAAACUUAUGACGAAAGCCUUAUACAUUCCACUUGUAUUUAAACUAUUGCCUUCAAAAUGUCUAUUUUAUAAUCUAGAUGAAAUUUUUAAAUUGGCAUUUUCAUAAAUAAUAGAUAAUGGACUAUUUACAGAAUAUUGGACCAAAUCAGGUGUAAUAUUAUAAGCUCUCUUAUAGUUAAUUAUGUAUUCCGAUUUUUAUCCCUUUUUGAAUAAAUUGUGAUAUCCUACUUAUAUUAAUUAUAUCUAUGUGUAAAUAUAAUUUGUUUCAAUCGACCUGGUGUAAUGGAAACAUUUAUAAGGGCCGUUUAAAAGAUAGAAAUGAUAAGGUUUCGCUAAUAUAUGGUUGUUUGAUUUAGGCUAUAUUCACGUUGAUACUUGCUGGGCAAACUUGGUUGUAGCAAUGUGAACAUAAAGUUACUCUUUUUACAACAGGGAACAGAAAAUGGUUUCAAUUGUGAUUAGUGUUUUUUGGAAUACAAGAAUUAUACGAACGUAUUUGUAAGUUACUAUACUGAUGUAAUUUUGAGUCCUUUAAGCCAGCUUGUUUGAAACAAAUUAUGUUAUGUAAAAUGUAUACCUUUAUUUAUUUGAAUUUUAUUUUAUCAUGAAUUAAGCAUGCGUCUAUUUUAUAGUCAAGUUGUUAUAAUUUCUGAUAUGUUAAUAAUGUUACUUUUGUAACCCCUAUUAUUAUUUUUUCUGUUUGUGUGUACGAGUUAUGGACAGUUUUAUUUAUUGAAAUGUAUAUAGUUGUACGUGGUUUUGAUGUUAAUUUAUGUUGUACGUAA